AUGUGGCAGCUAUUCCUCAUCAACAUCGUGAUCAUCGUUCUCGACAUCGCCCUGCUCGCCAUUGAGUACCGCAAUCUGCACAUGCCCGAAAUCGUUUUCAAGGCGUUCUGCUACUCAUUCAAACUGAAGCUCGAAUUUGCCGUGCUGGGCAAACAACAAGAAAGUUCGUCAUCAUUAGAACGACGUCGAACCCAGUUUAUGGUCAAGGCAGUAUUUCCACGCUGA